ACAGAAGUUCUUCCAUGGAAACGGGGGACGCUAGUCUGCUGGUGUGAGUAAAAAGUAAAAACAAGAUGAAAAGGAUGUUAUUAUGUUGUCUGGUGUUGGUCGGGUAUUGCUGAAUUGUUUAGAGACGUUAUGAUAUCUCAGAACGAACCCAAAGAAAGAGCAAGAUGCAGUUAAAACAAGCUAAUAUCGGGUUAGCUACCAACUAGCUGAGAACGUUUCUCCAGUGUAGUAAAAACCAUAGAAAGGAACAUGUAACACCAGAAACGAUCCACACAGCUUUUGAGAAGCAGCUGAAAGAUGUGGAAGGUAAGCGGUCGGAGUUCGGCUCUGGACCGAGCGCAGGCGCUGCUGUCAGCUAAAAGGAGCAGCGGAGGAGACGGAGGAGGCUCCACACGGGACUCACCGACCAAAACACAGGGUGGCUCCUUCAGAACCAGAUCUGUUCCUCCAAACAGCCACACUUUCUUCCCUGACCUGAGUGACCUGUCCUCAGAGAGCUCUGCUUCUGAGCACGGCGCUGAAGCCACCGGACCUGCUAAUACACAAGAAGACCCUGAGAGAAAGGGAGAUUCCUCCAAGGAUCUCAAGCCUCAGAGUUCAGUGGGAGAAGGCAGCAGAUUCUUAAAGAAGGCUCCAAAACCAGCUAACAGCAGCCAUUCGCCUGUCAGCAGGAAUCGAGCCCAGCGUGGCUCUCAGGCUCCAGUCUUACGUAGACUGGCUGAAAUCGAGAGUCAUGUCCGGAGCCGCAAGCAGGUGCUGGAGCAGGCUAAACAGGCCACAGCAGCUGCCCUCCAGAACACUGAGGCCUCUGUGGAGCUGUCAGCACAGGCUGACAGUGACCAGAGCCAGAAGAAAAACCAUUUCCUCAAACAAAAAACAGCAGGAGCUGUUCAACGCACUAAUACUGCUUCCCCUGAUGCAGCAAACCCUGCAGAUGUUGGUGUUAGGUCCCGAUCAAGAGCCAGUGAUCCUGUUGUACAUUCUGGAGGGUUGGAGAGGAAGCCCAGAAGAGUAAUGAGUGGCAUAAGUCUGGAAAGUGAUGAAGAAGACAUGAAGAAACUGAUUGGUGACUCAGUAGAGUCACUUAGCAUGUUAGGAUCUGUGAAAAUGCCACACAGGACACUCAGCAGUCACAGCCCAUCCCCUCCUGCUGCCGCCUGCUCUUCAUCACCCUCCAACGUCGCACCACCACGCUCUCCUGCUUCUCCGUCACGUCGCAGUUCCCCUUUUCGAUUCACCGGCCAGGCCCAUGCCCAGUUCAGUCCCUCUGUGCUCUCCCCCUCGCCCUCUCCUCCCCAUGCCCACCCCUCACAUCCAGACCGACUGGGUUCAUCUCAGAAUCCAGACACUCUGCAGCGGCGCUCCCACUCGUCCUCGUCAAGUCGUGAUGAAGUACUUUCUCUGGAGGACGUGAUUCCUGUGAAGCCUGCUUCUGAAGAUCCACACAGUCACAUGAGUUCAGUUUCUUCAGAAGAAGCCCUAGAAGACUUCAAGAUCAAUGUGAUGACACUUGAUGAGCUUAUUCCUGCAUCUACUGGAACAGCUUCAGAAACGCCAGGAAGACAGAAUGAAAACAAACUGGUCGACCCUGUUCCUGGAUCCCAAAGUAGACACCAGCGUUCGCCACAGGAGGAGAUGCAAGAGGUGGUUCCAGACUAUCACAGUGACUUUGACAGUGAUUCUAGCGCCAGGCAGAUCUCAGAACACCUGGGACAUGAUGAUGAGGAUGAAGCAGAGGUGCGGUCAGAGGUCAGACAGGUUUCCUGGACAGACGAAUCUCACAAGAACACAAACGAUGAUUAUUCCUCUAUUUUCUCUGAGCCAAGUUGCUUCAGUGUCCGCCGGACUUCAAAUCUAGGUCAGAGGUCGGAGUCCUUAAGCAAAAGCAGAACUUCAAUGACACGUAGCAGCUGGAGCUCAUCUCAGUAUUUAAGAAGGCGUGCCUCAACCAGGAGGAAUUUUAAAGAGGCAGCAGUACAAACUCAACCGGAUCCACUGGCUGACUCCUGGUCAGCUGGUGUUGCCCCACUGGACUCCACAGUGAGCAGGAUGUACAUGAGGCCCACUGCUGUGGUCCCCCAUACUGACAGUGCAGAGAGAUUGGAAGCCAUCAGCAGGUUUGACCCAGCUGCAUUUGCGCUCAAUGAAAUGCUGAAACAGCAGCUCACCAUGACGAAGCAGUUCAUGGACCGCAGCGAACACCUCCACUCCUGCUUGCUAAGAAGCCUGGGACCACCCAACUACAGAUACACCACACUGGAGGAAACCAUCCAGAACAUCUGUAAGCACAAACAUUCCAAACCUACAAAGGAGAAAGCCUAGAGGAGGUUCUGCAGGAAAUGAUGGGCUACCAGAGGGCGUCACAGCUGCUUCAGAGACAUCCUGCAGCCGCCACAGAUUCACAUGCUGCUGUGCCAGGACAAAAACAUUUUAUUAAUGGAUUUAUAGAAAGAAAAACAACUGACAGAAAGUUAAUACAGUACUGUUGAAAGUGCUGUUUCCAAUACUUUGGAUAUUCAGAACAGUUUUUCCAGUAUGAAGUCACUGCACAGCAGACAUGAACAAGCAGCAGGAACUUGAACAUGUUCCUCAUUAACAUCAGCCAUGUAAAUAAAGCCACAUGAUGAAGUAACAAAAUGUUUA